AUGAACUCUCCCUUCUCCCCAGGGGAAUUGUCCUCACUGGACGAAGUCAGCUCUGAGGUUGCUCCUCUACGCUCCUGGGAGGAUUUCUUCCCCGGCUUUGAGCGGUUUGCCCGGCCUGACUUUAAAGAUGUAUCUAAAUGGAACAACAGGGUCGUAAGCAACCUGCUCUACUAUCAAACGAACUACCUGCUGAUGGGUGCGGCUAUUAUCUCCCUGGUGGGAUUUUUAAGUCCACUUAACAUGGUGCUCGGUGCCACUGUUGUGAUUCUUAUCUUCCUGGGCUUCAUAUGGACCUCGCAUAACAAGGAUUUUGUGCGCAAAUUUAAGAAGCAGUACCCCACCGUGUUCAUUCUCUCCAUUCUGUUAUCCAGCUACUUUGUCAUUUCAAUGUUUGGCGGUGUGAUGGUUUUUGUAUUUGGAAUCACUUUUCCGAUGUUGUUAAUGUUUAUUCAUGCUUCUCUGAGGCUUCGUAAUGUAAAGAACAAACUGGAAAAUAAGAUUGAGGGAAUUGGUCUGAAGAAAACUCCUAUGGGAAUUGUCCUUGAUGCCCUGGAACAGCAGGAAGAAAACUUUGCUAAAAUUGCCGGCCUAAUCACCAAAGGGAAGGAGUAAAGAUGGCUUCUUACAAGCCACAGCCCCCCUCUGCUGCUGACCCACUGACGUGUUUCAUUCACUUAACAGGCAACAGAUGUCUGCCAUGUUUUUUCCGAUUAUUUGGACAGCCAAUUUGAAGAAAUGCUUUUACAUUGUUCUGUAAAAUUAUAAUAUUCCAAGUAGUUGUGGGUCUACUAUUGUUGGAACUGCAUGAACAGUGGCCACUGACAAUGGGAAUUUGGUAACACUGAAUUGUCCCUAAUUCUGACUUAUUUUGCAGGUCAGCUACAACUCAACGUAACUCCCUAAAUUCUGUAAUUAAAGUUUUAGGAGUACUGUGCAUGUAAACAUAGUAUUCUGAGUAUUAUUAUUUUACCAUAUGAAGUUUUUAUUGGUUACACAAUGUUUACCCUGAUUUAGUUUAGAGAACCGACGCAGAUUGGACACUUGGCUUGCUUUAGUUUAGAGAACAGACGCACACGGGACACUUGGCUUGCUUUAGUUUAGAGAACAGACGCACACGGGACACUUAGCUUGCUUUAGUUUAGAGAACAGAUGCAGAUGGGACACUUGACUUGCUUUAGUUUAGAGAACAGAUGCAGGCGGGACACUUGACUUGCUUUAGUUUAGAGAACAGAUGCAGGCGGGACACUUGGCUUGCUUUAGUUUGGAGAACAGACGCAGACGGGACACUUGGCUUGCUUUAGUUUAGAGAACAGAUGGAAACCUUGAUUUGCUUUAGUUUAGAGA